GUGAUGUGACAAAGUAGGAUGCAGUCAUGAAGUCUGCUAUUUUGUAUCCCUAUGGUUCCUUGCACGGACGCUACUGCUGCGGCCUGCUCCAUGCAAAACACCUUGCCGCCGCCAGUGGCGUUUAUUCCUUGAAUAUCUCUAUCUUGGUAGUGUUGAUUUAUUCCUGGAGAAUUGGAAUCAAUAUCAAUAAAUACAGUGAGCUUGAGGAAGUUUACUAUGGGGUUCAAAUGGCGUAUCUGGCAAUAAUAGUCACGCAACUUUGCAUGGUAAUCCUGAGCAUGAUGCUGCUAUUUGGAAUUUAUAAGAUUUCAAACAUGCGGAUUGCUUCGCAUAAAUUUACUUGGCGCAAUCUAACGAACUUAGAAUCUUUGUCUUUUGUUAGUGGAGUGUAUUUAUGCAAAUGAACAUUUUCAGUGCAAUUG